AUGGAGGGUAUACCAGCCCAAAACGUGGGUGCCUCCAAGAUGGAGGGAGCUGGAGCUGAAGAUGUGCUGCUCGUACCCCCAGCCUUGUACCCCAAGGCUACCUUGGUGCCCUUAGCUGGGGAGAAAGGUCAGGCCAAGCCAUCUGACACUGACACCCAGGACAGCUUGGGAUCCGGGCCUCCUAACCAGAAGGACUUGGUUAAGCUUUCCGAGCUGAUGCCAUUUAUUUUGUGUCCCAUUUGCAAAGGUUAUUUAAUCGAUGCAACAACCAUUACAGAAUGUCUUCAUACCUUUUGUAAGAGCUGCAUUGUCAAGCAUCUUGACCAUAGCAACAGAUGUCCAAAAUGCAACACAGUGGUACAUCCGGCCAAACCUCAUUAUAACUUAAGGUUGGAUGCGCAGUUACAAAACAUAGUGUACAAAUUAGUGAGUGGUCUAGAAGAAAAAGAAAAAAAGCGAAGGUGUGAGUUUUAUAAAGCAGGUCAAGAAGCACUUCAAGUUGCUAUUCCUCAGGCGACCAUUUCCAGCCCAGGAGAUGCUGAGAAUGCUGCACAAUCACUGCCUCCUGUUCCAACUCAAGUUAAUGUGUCUUUAUUACUGGAGUUCAUGGGUGCUAAUGAAGGCACAGGCUAUGUUGAGCCUCUGAAAAAGAAGUUUGUCCGAGUUUGUGAAAGUGCAACUAUUGCACAUGUUCAAAAAUUCCUUAAAAGGAAAAUUGGCCUCGACCCAUCUUGUCAGGUAGAAAUCAGAUGUGCUGGUCAGUUGCUGAAGGAAUCCCAAAAUUUGGCAGAAAUCCAACAUACAGUAGGGGAGGCAGGGAUGCAGGAUGGCCUGCUUGUCCUUUAUUACCGAGUUGUUUCUCCUCUGAAAGAAGCUUGA